CAAGGUCACGUGGUGUAAUUAACCCAAGCCUGAGCUCCAGAACAAACUAGGGAACUGGCUUUACAGAGUUAUCUCUGUAACAGCGCUGUUUACAACGGCUUUAACUCAUACCACCGAGUAAAUGUCUAGGAACGGGUUAAUAUCGAGUUUGCGGAGGCUAAUAAACGACGAGGAGCCACUCGAAACGAGGUCUCCGAGUCCUUUUGAGCAGCUACGUCCGCGGAUGAAUGACAUCAUAGGAGAUGGAGGAAUCCUGAAGGAGGUGGUACAGCCAGGAGAGGGCCCGCCUGUCCCUGAAAACGCUUCAGUACUGAUCCAUUACUCAGGAUUCCUGGAAUAUUCUGAUCAGCCUUUUGAAACCACGACUAACCUCAAAUACCCCCGGAUGAUGAAGUUGGGGAGAGAUGUGACACUGGCCGGGCUGGAGCUGGGUCUGUUGACCAUGAAGAAAGGAGAGUUCUCUCGGUUCCUCCUCCAGCCUCAGUAUGCUUACGGGGAAAUGGGAUGCCCUCCAUUUAUCCCCGCAGCAGCUGUGGUUCUGUAUGAGGUUCAGAUCCUCGACUACCUUGACUCAGGACAAGUGGAUGACUUUAUUGCAAUGAGUCUGGGGGAGCAAAACACCGUUCCUCUGUCCACACUUCUUGAAGUUGUCAACACACUGCGGAGCUUUGGCAACCGUUUCUUCAACCAGAAACGAUAUUUCAAUGCCAAAGAUCGCUAUAAACAGAGGUACAGCCCAGUACAAGCAAGGUGCUAUAAAGACAGCUUGGACAAAGAGAAAGACUUGUACUCAAAGAUGUUUAGAGAGCUGAAGGGCUCAGUGAAAAUGUGAGGACCAGCAGGAGGAGGAGGUUUCAAGAUUCACCAUGUUUUCUUUUCAUAAUAUUUGUUUUCUACUUAUGAAGGGAGUUGGGUUGUAAUCAUUGUUUCAAUUCUUUCAAAAUUAUCUCAAAUUAAGUGUUGUUUUGAUAUUUUGUUAAAUAAUGUUUCUCAUUAGUACCCUUUCUCUCCUUUGGUCUCCUGCUGUACAUAUUCCUUGCAUGUUUGCUGGAGUAUUAAGCAUUUGCUUGGGAUCUUGAGAUGAUUAUAAUAAAAAAAUACAAU